CUAAAAUGUAAACUUUUUUUUAUCAAUUUUGUAUAUUUAUAUUCAUGUAAAUAUUGAUGCUAAAGAAGCAAGUAGGUCUUUAAACAAUUGGGCUUAAAGAAUAACAGGCCGACCCAAUAUUGGCCUCAAAAAGCCCAUUAACAAAGCUAAACCCUCAAAACCCAACUCCUUUUGUUUUUAUAAUCACUACGGUCACCAUUCUCAAUCGAUAAACCCUAGCAACCUUCUCUUCGGUUCUGUAAAACCCUAAUUUCUCAGCGGCUUCAGUCUCAUUUCUCAACGAAAAUGAGACCUCCAAGAGGACGUGGUGGCGGUGGAUUCGGUGGUGGCGGCGGUGGAUUCAGGGGAGGACGUGGCGAUGGAGGAGGUCGUGGAAGAGGAGGAGGAAGGUCAUUUGGGGGUGGAAGAGGAGGACGUGAUGGUGGCCGUGGAAGAGGAAGAGGAGGACCAGGCCGUGGUCGUGGAGGACCAGGUGGAAUGAAAGGUGGUAGUAAAGUUGUGGUUGAGCCUCAUAGACACGAGGGAGUGUUCAUUGCUAAGGGUAAGGAAGAUGCUCUUGUUACUAGAAAUAUGGUUCCUGGUGAGGCUGUGUACAAUGAGAAGAGAAUCUCUGUUCAGAAGGAAGAUGGAACUAAAAUUGAAUACAGGGUUUGGAACCCUUUCCGUUCUAAGUUGGCUGCUGCUAUUCUUGGUGGUGUUGAUGAGAUUUGGAUUAAACCUGGAGCUCGUGUUCUAUAUCUUGGAGCUGCUUCUGGGACCACAGUUUCUCAUGUGUCUGAUGUUGUUGGACCUGAAGGAUUGGUUUAUGCUGUUGAGUUUUCACACAGAAGUGGUAGAGAUUUGGUUAACAUGGCCAAAAAGAGGACUAAUGUUAUUCCCAUUAUUGAAGAUGCUAGACACCCUGCUAAGUACAGGAUGUUGGUUGGGAUGGUUGAUGUUAUCUUUUCCGAUGUUGCUCAACCUGAUCAGGCAAGGAUUCUAGCAUUGAAUGCUAGUUACUUUUUAAAAGCUGGGGGUCAUUUUGUAAUCUCCAUCAAGGCCAACUGCAUAGACUCUACAGUUCCCGCCGAGGCUGUGUUCCAACAAGAAGUUAAGAAGCUUCAGGCCGAGCAAUUCAAGCCCUUCGAACAAGUGACUCUUGAGCCCUUUGAGCGUGACCAUGCUUGUGUUGUUGGUGGCUACCGUAUGCCAAAGAAACAAAAGCCUGUUGCUUAAACAUUUAUAGCUUUUAGGCUUUAGACUUGAAAUUAAUCAUAAUAUGUAUCAGUUGAAGCAAAGUUAGCAGAACAUUUUUGAUUUAUUUCUUAUUUUCUUUCUUGUUGGAUUGUAAUUGCUGAGCAUGGCGUUUUGACUUAUGAGUUGAGAUCAUUAUAUAAUCACUUAAUCAAUUUUGCUUA